CGGUAGCUAAGAGCAAAAAUAAUAAACUUUUUAAGCGUAUCCACUACGAGUUUUGUCAACUCAACUUUUUGUACUUGAUGUCCGUAAUUAAAAUAACUCAUCAUGAUGAAAAUAUCUACGAUAUUAGACAAAAAGAAGCAACGUUUUAUAAAAAAUCACCACGCUACAUUUCACGUUAUACGAACCUCGUUGCUAAAGAUUAUAAGAAGAGCAGAUGUAAACCACAUGCUGACAUGGGUUUAGCUCAUUAUCCUCCACCAGAUCCUAGGGAAUUUUUAAAAAAACAUUCUGUUAAGCCAAAACCUUUAAAAUGUCCCAAACAAUUAGGAAGAAUUUGGAAAAAGGAAUCACCACCACCAAAAGAGUUUUCGUGUGUGCCAACAGUAAAAGAAUGCUUAGAAGAAGAACGAAGAAGGAAAGAGAAAAUUCCUGCCCCAAAAAACUACAUUCGAGUAAAUAUUAAAAAGGCUAUUGGAGCUAAACCAAAAGAACCAGAGAAAAAUAUUGUAGAUACUCGAGUUGGGCAUAAACAAAAUAUAGAUUCCGGCGUGGAACCCAAAUUCAUAUAUGGAGAAGAAUUCGGAAAAAUUCCUAGCUACCUUGAGCAAUUGAUGGAAGAAAGAAUUUUAGAACGCCAAUCAAAGAAUGACGUUUCUGGAACUGAGCAGCCCAAAUGUAAAUAUAUUACAAGAGAAGAAAGGGAAGAAUUACUUGCGGGUUUAAAGAAAAAUUGGGAGGAAUUACAAAAACAGUACCAAGGAUUACCUAUUUUAACGGAUACUAUUCCAAAAAUGAACAGAAAAUCGAAAAUGGAAGCAGAUUUAAAACAACUUGAAAAAGAUAUUGUUAUGAUUGAAAGACAUCCCUAUAUUUACGUCUACGACGAUGAUGAUCUGAAUUAAACUACAAAAGUAACAGUUUAAUUUCUGUAAUUGCGGAAUAAAAAAAAUUA